AUAAUAUUCAUUUCAGUACGCUGAUUGUCUAAUGUGAUAGUCACACGAAGUAAGAAUGGAUUCGGAUUAUAUUCGGUAUUUCGACAUCUCGAAUCAUUCCAUCAUCACUGAAUUCUUAAAUGGUUUAAAUUUUACCUCAGAUGUGUACACCACAGAUGUAAAUGAAUACCAUAUAAUAACACAACAGUUUUCUAUAGUAUUUGCAAUACUUGUUGCAGCCAUCAUCUUUUCCAAUUUUCUAGUUAUUAUUUUAAUUAUCUUAAAAAAACUGAGGAAGGACUUAUUCUAUUGGAAAGUAAUAAUUUUAUCUGUAGGAGAUUUGAUAGUCUGUACAACUUUACCAUUUGUACAUAUAAUACCGUAUGAUGAUUGGUGGAAAAGCGACACAACUUGCAGAAUGGUACUCAAUAUGUCCCUGGUAUAUUAUUUAUUUAGUGGAUUGGCUUUGGUAACUUUAUGUUUUGAUUUUCCCAUCAAUCUAUUUUCAACCUACUUUAGACUACGCCGUAUUUUUCAUCGAAGUAUCCAUGGGCUAUUUAUGGUUUUGCCUUUUUUCCUAACGUAUGCUGUUGCAUUACCAAUAAUAAUUCAAUAUGGAACAAAAGUGGAAAUGAGAGAAUCUGCUGAUCACAAAAAAAUAUGCGUUGAUACAAUAAAUGAAGCCCAUCCCCAUCCAUCUAUUCCUGUUGAAACACUGGCUGCUGUCAUUAGUUUUCCGUCACUAAUGAUUAUGAUUGCCUCUGUUGUGAUGCAUAAAAGGUUAAGUAAACAAGUGAGCACGCCAGCACCUUUAAACAGAAUCAACCCGUCAACGAAUUUGGAAAAUUUAAACCCAUGCGGUAUGGCCGAAAAAAAGAUAUCAGAUCAACGGGGCGAACACAUCGGAGGGGAAAGCGAACCAGUGUUUUCUUCUGCUAGCGAAGACGAGAUAUUAUCAUCUUCAUAUGCUGUUAUUGCGAUAACAACUUUCAGCAUAAUAUGUUAUGUUCCCCUUGUUGUUUGGGUUAACAGAACGGAAAGGGAUUAUAAUCAGGAUGACAUAUAUACAUACCUGAUAACACAUUAUGUCAUUAUUACUAUUUCUCUGAUACCAGCUGCAGUUAGAUCAUAUAUGUGGUUGAUUGAUACAAAUGUGAGGAAAGCUGUCUUCGCAACUUUAAACGGGUGUGGUUUCAUUUUGUAAUGUUCGACAUUACAGCUACAUAAGAAUGACACUUUAUAUCCGUAUAUAUUUGAUAUGCAUGCUAAAUACUAGAAGCAAAUAGUUUCUUUACAUGUACUUUUAUGCAGAAAUAUAUAACUAUGUGUGUG